AACAAAACAUACGAAUAUGAACAUGAAUAUCUUGUGUUGGGUUUCGUAACUUCUUUGCAUUGUCCACAGUUUUCCAUUCCCCCAAACUGGCUCAAUCUUGGUAGAGGAUAAGUCUUUCCCUCCUGCCAUCCUUACUCAUCUACCAUCCUUCAAGUCGAUACCCCGCAACGAACCCCACCUCUGAAUAUUCCAACGAACGUCUGCAAGCUACUCGUACAUCCUCACAAAUUACAACUCAGCUAUCAUCUACUUUGCACCUUUACCCAAUAUGGCAGAUAAAGAUCCAAUUACGUGCCACGCCCUCGACACAACUACUGGUCGACCAGCUGCCGGAAUCAAUGUCACUUUGCUCUGCCUUUUCGAGGAAUCGACCAUUUUUCGAGCCAUUACGAAUGCCGACGGUCGAAUUGCCAACUGGAAUAAUGAUGCCGGGUCCAAGAAAGUCGGCGAACUGAUCGCUGAAGGAGGAAAAACAGAAUUUCAGAAUCUGCCAAAGGGAUCCAGCAUGUGGAAAUUACGAUUCGAGACUGGCGCAUACUAUGGUUAUGAAAACACUUUCUUUCCCUGCGUUGAACUCAACUUCGCGGUCAAGGAAGGAGAACAUUUCCACGUUCCUCUACUUUUGGGUCCAUACAGUUAUACAACUUAUCGCGGAAGUUAGUUUGGGAUAUUAUACUUCGGUUUAUUCCCAUGAAUGAAGUUAUUUCAUGGUUCUAUCGAGAUAAAGCAAUAAUUACAAAGGGAUAGUAUUUAUUAUCAACCUUUCGGACCUCCGAACUCCAAACCCAUUGAACGCCUCGCUUACUUGAUCAAAUCCCGCUCAUUUUUGUGUUGUCCUGUGUUCAUCAAGAUUGUUUCUUCCAAACUCCUAAUUGCCUGCACCUUCGCUGUUCAACUUUGUCAUCUAACCUCUAUGUAAACUCAG